AUCUGGGUCUUCCUCGUUUUCUCCGCUUAAGCACCAUGAAGGUCACCGUCGUCUCCCGCAGCGGCAGAGAAGUCCUCAAAGCUCCCCUCGACCUCCCCGAUUCGGCGACUGUUGCUGAUCUGCAAGAAGCGUUUCAUAAGAGAGCUAAGAAGUUUUACCCGUCGAGGCAAAGACUGACUCUUCCCGUGGCUCCCGGAUCGAAGGAGAAACCUGUUGUCCUCAAUAGCAAGAAAUCACUCAAGGAGUACUGUGAUGGAAACACCAACUCCUUAACUGUAGUCUUCAAAGACUUGGGGGCACAAGUUUCCUACCGCACGCUCUUCUUCUUUGAGUAUCUUGGCCCUCUCCUUAUCUACCCGGUCUUUUACUACUUCCCUGUUUACAAGUUUCUUGGCUAUGGAGAGGACCGUGUGAUCCAUCCGGUCCAGACGUACGCUAUGUACUACUGGUGCUUUCACUACUUUAAACGGAUCUUAGAAACGUUUUUCGUUCAUCGGUUCAGCCACGCAACCUCCCCAAUCGCAAAUGUGUUCAGGAACUGUGCUUAUUACUGGAGCUUUGGUGCUUACAUUGCUUAUUACGUCAACCAUCCCUUGUACACUCCAGUCAGUGACCUUCAGAUGAAGAUUGGUUUCGGGUUUGGUUUGGUCUGCCAAGUCGCAAAUUUUUACUGUCACAUUUUGCUGAAGAAUCUUAGGGACCCCAAUGGGUCUGGAGGCUACCAGAUUCCACGCGGUUUCCUCUUCAACAUUGUUACAUGUGCCAAUUACACUACCGAGAUUUACCAAUGGCUAGGAUUCAACAUCGCUACUCAGACCGUCGCAGGAUAUGUUUUCCUCGCUGUUGCUGCUCUAAUCAUGACUAAUUGGGCUCUUGGAAAGCACAGCCGUCUGAGAAAGAUAUUUGAUGGAAAAGAUGGAAAACCAAAGUAUCCAAGAAGAUGGGUGAUACUUCCUCCAUUCCUUUAGAAGCCAUUGUCGCUUAUCAGUGAAAGCUCUUAAUAAAGUUGACAAUGAGACUUUCUUUGGUUUCUCUGUAUCGGUUUUUCUUUUUGGGUAUAUGUAUUGGUUAUAACUUGUUUAUUCCUUUUGUUUCAAAAUGUUUUGAAGUUAGAGAGAUUUAGAAUGUACUACUUUUUUAGUUGUUUCUCACGCAAACCAAUUCCUCUUAUGUAUCGCAUACUUGUGUCAAUAAGAAAAAUGAUUACAGUGA